UCAAAUAAAUUCAGGCUUGGUGAGCAGAAGAGACUUCUUUAUAAAAUAUUACUUUUUUUUUUACUCACUUGCAUAAAACAAAACAUUCAGUUCAGAUGUAUCCGUGAAGCACUUUUCACAAUGAAUAUAAUUUCCAUGAAACAUGUUGAAAUUAUAUAGAACUGUGCCAAACAAACCAACGUGGAACAAACAGACAAACCCGGGCUGGAACAACCUGGAAGUCAUGCAGUAGACUUACUUGAAAAAUAAUCUGUUAAUAAUAAACCAGUUUUAGAGUGCACUGUAUUAAUAUUACAAAUAAUAAUAAUAAUAAUAAUAAUAAUAAUAAUUAUUAUACUAGUUAUUAUUAUUAUUAUUAUUUUUAUUUUUAUUUUUAUUUUAUUUUUUUGUGGUGUGUUGGUAGCACAAUCCGAUAUUAGCAUUUGUUAGAACACUGACCCCAAAGUAACGAGUAUUUACAAGAAAGAGUUCAAGAGUUCCAGACAAACAAUGACACUUUAAACUGUUCUGAUACUUUAGUUAAUAUUUACAACAACAGCAUAUCUGGUUCUGUGAAACAUCGCAAAACAAAUAUUACUCACGUGUCGAGCAGAACCAAAGCAACCUCGGCGUCCGUUCUCAGGCAUUCCCGAUCUCUUAACGAUCUCCUAACGAAAGUUUUCCAGUAUUAGUCCUGCUCCAGAAACAGAUCUCGUCUGAUCAUAUCCCAUCGUUUACCUGUGACUGUCUUCGGACCUUUUUCUCUUUUUGUAAUGUCUCAGCCAUCUACAAUCUUUCUACAAAUUUCCCACUUUCUCAUUCUUCUUCUUCUUCUUCUUCUUUGGGUUUUAACGGCAGCUUGCAUCCUUGACGUUGCAUUACUCCACUUGCUCAUUCUCUCUCUCUUCCCCAUCAUGAACGUGCACACCCCAUCGCUGAUUGGCGGAAGUGUGUUGUGGCGCUCAGUGAUAUGUCCGAUCCACUUAGUUUUUUCCUUAUUUACAUAAUUAGGACUAUGCAUUUUUUUCCCCCCAGUGUACACACAGAACAUAAAGCAAGCAAAUAUUCAGCAGUGUUUCUCUGAAAUCGCUUUAAAGUAGUGCAUUUUAACUUAUAACCAGUAGAUCUUAUUUUUAUGCCAUAUGUUUCUGGUUCAGUUAAAAUGUAUUACUUUUUAUCUUAUUCAAAUAGCACUUUUGUUGAUUUUUGGCUUAGUCUUAGAUAUAUCUUUAGAGAUAACCUUUUAAACAAAGUCUGGCUUUCAACAAUGGAUAUUCUCUGUAUUCUCAAAUGAAUUAUAUUGAGAUGAGACUCAGAUUGUAGGCUACUAUUUUCCUGACAUUGAUCUGUCACAUUGUAUGUGCAAUGUGGUGACAUCUAAAUAAACCAGUUUUUUUCAAAACUGGCCAAGAAUAAAUAACAGUGGAAUUUAAAUUUGAUAACAAAUAAUGACCAAAUUACACACAGGUUUAAUACAUUGAGACUAAACAAAAGUAUUAGACUGUACAUCCACAUUCCAUGUAGUAUAAAAUCACACACAGACAAAACAUGCCAAAAAACAAAAAGAAGUGGCUUUUAUGUUGGGAUCAGGUUCAUCUUCAAAUUCAGAUUUAUACCCAGGUCUAAAUGUCACAUAAAAGUGUGUAGGGGACCUUACAUUCUAAAUCAAUGUCAUUCUUUUGCAUGGGAUCUUCUCUAUGAUUGGAAAUAGCUAUCUGAAGGAUUUUGCUCACAUUGAGCAGAAUCGAUACAAGCCAUUAUCGAGUCAACAGCACACAGACUCUUUGAAACAUUUCCGUUUUGUUGCUGAUGAACCGACUGAAAUGUUAGUAAAGUGAGAGUUUGGUUGAUAAGUCACUUUAAUAUCCAAAUAGCAGAAAAUGUACAAAUAAAAUGCACUGUAAAUGUAUUUGUAACUUGAUUCUUUGAAAGCUAUCAACCCAAAUGAAAUAUGGUUGAUUUUUUUUAAAUAGAAUUUUUUGUGAAAUGUUCAUUUUAAGUUAUUCACAGUUUUUAGUUAACAACAUACAGUAUUUGCUUAAGUAGGGAUUUAUGAAUUCUUUAAAGUAUGUAAUCCACAUUAUUUUGCAAGUAAACUAUUUUCUUUGAAUGUGAGAGACUUCCGACUCAAGUGUAGUAAACUGUUAACUAUUUGCAAUACAUACAAAUGUCUGUGACAAUACAUUAAAAUAAUGAGGAAAAACUACCAGCAUGAAAUAUGAUGACCCGGAAGCCUCGCACAUUCAAGUUACGAUGGCCACCCUCUCAUCUACAUUUAGAAAUAUAAACUGUAAAGUGUGGAGGUUUAUCCUAAUGUGCUGGAUUUUAUUACCUUCUUUGAUAUAACUGUUAAAAUAAUGUAUUUUCUGUAUAAGCCAAUCUUCUGCAUAUUCAAAACGAUUUUUUUAACAGUAUUUUUUAUUAAUUUUUAAUGUGUGUCUGUAUAUGUUUUUGUCUUUUUUCAUGAAUUCAAAAGACUAGUUCUGUGUUAUAUGUGAGUUUUAUCUGCUGUCUUUAAAAAUAAAAUGUAAAUCUUCUCAGAUGAAUUUGAAAUGUGAUUUUUGUCACUGGAAACUAUGACUUAAUGUGCAUACCAGGUUUACCUGUAGAAAACAAUUCUGGAAGUUGGUACCAGUCAUGAGUCAGAGGAUUUACCAAGGAAGUCGGGUUUACCCCUUUGUUGACUUAGGCCAAACUGAUGCUAAAAAUAAUAUCAUACAACUGCACUGAUGUGUCUGCCAUUUCACAACAACUGUUAGUUGGCCACCAGAAGGAUUCCAGGUCUUAAACUGUUAGCAGAAUAAAAGUAAAAACACUAUACAGUUCACACUUAAAAUAAUGAUAGAUCUAUUAUGUAUACCUAUAGCUAUAAAAUUUAGCUGCUUAUAAGUAAUGUGAAAAUAUUUAGGUCUGAUAUUGUUGUGAAUGAAUGCUGAAGCAUAUUCAUAAACUGCUGGUUAGGUUAUGAUUUUGAAGCUGUGUACACCUUGUGUGCAUUAUGGGGUCCUUAACGUGGAACUGUCUACAAACAGGAUGUGGGUAUGUGUUAAAGAAGUGAGACAAGGGGUGAAUACUAAAGUGGAACAAUGUGUAUAGACUAUGUGGAACAAAAACCUUUUUUUAUUUACCUAGUACAAUGUUAAAGUUAUUUCAGCUAUAUUUACACUUUGCCUAUACUUUGACGCUCAUGAUUAUUCACUUGCAAGGUGAAGCAGAAGUGUCUGACUAGCUGUGGUAAUAAGUCACAUUGGUUCAUGUUUGCUUCCUUCAUUGAAAGACCCGUAUCAGGCAUUGUUGUUAACUACAAUGGAAUUUAGGCUGCUGCUGACCUUCGUUCUUUCUACGCACAUCACAGGGUUCAGUGCUGAGAUCUCUGUGUUUGUGCAGACGGGAGCUUCUGUUCAACUGAAUAUACAGACACAACAACUACCAGAGUUUGAUGAUUUAUACUGGACAAAUGAUAAAUCAGAGAAUUUAGGUAAAUAUACAAAAGAAUCUAACAAAACAAAACUUCACUCUUCCUACAAGGACAGAGUGGAUUUUAAUGAUAAAACCUUCUCUGUAACACUGAAGAACAUGCAGAAGACAGACAGUGGACUCUACAGAGCAAGAGCAAGUGGAGAAUCAGAGAACGAUAUUGUUACAUACAGAGUAUCUGUUAUAGAUGCAGUGGAAGCUCCUGUCCUGACUGUAAACUCAAACUGGUCCAGCCCUGAGCCCUGUAUCUUUACAUGCAUUGCAAGUAACAUUACCGUCAGCUUUAUCUAUGAUAGUAGCAUCUGUUCUCCAGAGGAAGUGACAUCAUCUGAUAACUACACUCUAAGACUGAGCUGCAGUGGUGACUCCAUCAUGUGUAACUACAGCAACCCAGUGAGCUGGAAGACUGACAGAGAGAAGGUUAAUGAACUCUGCACUGUUAAUGAAGGAAAACAUGAAGCGUCUGUGUUUCCACUUUGGGUCAUUGCUAUUAUUAGUCUAUUCACAUUGGCGGCAGUGACCAGCUUCUGUAUUUACAAAGGAAAAAAAGGUGCCCAGAAGGAUGAACAAACAAUCUAUGCAGAAGUAGACGACAACAUCAAGCCACAAAAGUCACUGGAGAUUUUGGAGAAAUCAGAGAAUCCCCAGACAGUGAAUGAUACUGCAGGAGAUCCAGGACGAACUGAUGUUACCAUCCACACCCCACCUAACGACGGUCCUGUGAAACAGAGUUCAUCACUCACUGAGAAGAGCGAGUCAGGUGCACCAGUCACUAUCUACUGUUCCAUUCAGCAGCAACCAAAACCCCCCAAAACUGAAGCUGAAAACACUAUUUAUGCUGUGGUCAGUAAACAACCAGCCGGGUAUGAAUCUGCACAUCCACAAUCAGAAUAAAAGUGAAUAAAAAUAAUACAAGUUUUAAUAAAGCUGAACCCUUACAGUGAUUCAAAGUGAUUAAGGACUUCAUAUGUUCAGGAAGGCAGCAGCAUAUAUUCCAUGUGCAAUGUGUUCCCAUUGUAGUUGAUUUAGGAUGUGUUACAGAUAUUUGUAUAUGUAAAUUCUGUCUUUUUUUUAAAGCAGCAGUGAAUGUAUUUUUUAUUGUGAAAGUGUUGAAAUGUGGUUUCCUCACAUUCCUUACCACCUUUGCAAGCAACACCUGAAAACCACUUCCUGGAAGUAUUUGUCAAACUAAAGGGUAGCAGGGUCGUUUCAUUUGCCCAUUCGCCCCAAUUCCUCUGAAAAACACACAGUUUAAUAAUGAUUUUAAAAAAAGUAAUGAAUAUGAAAUCAAAAAUGUACUGUACAAAGCCACUUUGCACUAAAGGAAGUUAGGAUUAUUGGACUCAAGUCCAUGGAGUAUGUCAGUAACUGAUCAGGCAUCUGUGUACUGUAUCCAGUGUCAGCAGCAUCAGUGAUUAUAAUGGUGUAAUUUGCUUUUGAUGUGACACUUGCAUCUGGUGUAUCAGCCAUUAAGAGCUUGUCUCACUACUUUUAGUUAUACUGACCUCCAUUCAUACAAAUUUGAAUUCAGAACACAGGAAACACGUGUCAAUUUCGCUGCAUUCCAUAGUUCAAAUUUGGUGAACUUUGCCCUGAAAAUUCAGAAGAUCCGUGUGGCCUCUUAGCUGAAUUAAAAGAACAUCAACUUUAAAUCAGCAGAAUUGAAGCAUUGCAGUAAAGUGAUAGAUAUAAUAAUAAGAGAUUAUAUAUUUUUACAUCGUGGAUGUAUGUAGAAGUAUCUUUUUUUGGGGGCAGCUGUGGCCUAUUGGUUAGAGACUUGGACUAGUUAUCUGAAGGUCGCAGGUUCGAGUCUUGGUGCUGGCAGGAGUUGUAGGUGGGAGGGAGUGAAUGAACAGAGCUAUC